UUACGGGGGCUUUGUAGUGUCAGGGUGAAUACUACUUGCGUAUGGGGAAGGGAUGACAGCAGGGGGGUGAUUCCCUCCUGCAAAAGGUAAGAGAUAAAAGCGACUCCUCUGGCCGCGACUCCCUGGUCUCGCCCUCAGUGCCUGAACGGGCCCCACCGGUCACUCUCCCCAUCGCUGGGCAGUGGCCAAAGCCCACAGGGCUGCACCGAUGGAUGCUGAUGCUACCCGCUCUCACGGGGCCAGAGGAAGGUGAGCUCACCCCACCAGGCUUUCAGGUCACAGGGCAGCAGCGAUUGGGGUUUUUGAAAGCUCUCAUCAGAAAAUUGUGGGCGGAAACUUCCCGGGGUUUGCUCUGAGCUUCUUGAGGCUUGUCAGCUUCAGAUGCCAAGUGAGUGGGUGUCUCUUUGAGAAGCAGAAAGAGAGCAAGACAGAGAUAACGAAACAGAGGUGUUUCCCUUGGCUCUGGAAACUCUAUAAAGAGAGGGCCAGCUCCCUUCUCUUGAGCAGUCAGAAACAAGAGUCCCGUCCUUGACACCCGGGCCUCCGCAGGAUUGAGAAGGAGGAGAACCCUUGGCCGGGGGCUGGCCCGAGUCACUGGCUGCCAUGCAGCAGUCCCUGAAUUACCCAUACCCCCCAAUCUUCUGGGUGGACAGCAGUGCCAGCUCUCCCUGGGCCUCUCCACGGUCGGUCUUCCCCUGUCCAUCCUCUGCGCCAGGAAGGCCUGGGCAAGGGAGGCCACCACCACCGCCACCACCACCACCACCACCAACACUACCGCCACGGCCACCACCGCCACUGCCUCCACUACCACUGCCACCUCUGAAGAAGAGGAGGGACCACAGCACAGGCCUGUGUCUCCUUGUGAUGUUUUUCAUGGUUCUGGUGGCCCUGGUUGGACUGGGGCUGGGGAUGUUUCAGCUCUUCCACCUGCAGAAGGAGCUGGCGGAACUCAGAGAGUCCACCAGCCAAAGGCAAACAGCCUCAUCUUUGGAGAAGCAAAUAGGUCAGCCCCAUCCACCCUCUGAGAAAAGAGAGCUGAGGAAAGUGGCCCAUUUAACAGGCAAGCCCAGCUCAAGGUCUAUCCCUCUGGAAUGGGAAGACACCUACGGAAUUGCCCUGGUCUCUGGGGUGAAGUAUAAGAAGGGCAGCCUUGUGAUCAAUGACACCGGGCUGUAUUUCGUGUAUUCCAAAGUGUACUUCCGGGGCCAGUCCUGCAACAACCAGCCCCUGAACCACAAGGUCUACAUGAGGAACUCUAGGUAUCCCCAGGACCUGGUGCUGAUGGAGGGGAAGAUGAUGAAUUACUGCACUACUGGCCAGAUGUGGGCCCGCAGCAGCUACCUGGGGGCUGUGUUCAAUCUCACCAGUGCUGACCAUUUAUAUGUCAAUGUAUCUGAGCUCUCUCUGGUCAAUUUUGAGGAGUCUAAGACAUUUUUUGGCUUAUAUAAGCUCUAAGAAAAGCACUUUGGGAGUUUCUCCAUUAUGGUUCCCUGUUACAAGCACUGAGAAUGUUAUCUUGAAUGAGGGUCUUCCUGAGUCCACUUGAGGUCAAGAAAGAAGACAUCAACCAAGAGGAUCUUGAGACCACAGGGUCCAGCAGGUCCAGGAUUCCUCAUCUCACCUGAGGUUCAUGAGCCCGACAGGAGGAGGACUGUGACUGAUGAGCGUGACACUCGGGGCUGCCAUGUGAAGAUGCAGAGGCAGGGAAAAGCAGCUACCAGCGAGUUCUUCACUCAUCUCAAGUGGCCAAGAGCAUUUUGGCACAUUGAAAAGGACAUCGUUUAACUCACCUUUUGGGGUGGGUCUGUUGUCUACCUCAGGGGAGGCUGUCUUUUACAUAUAUGGAUGCACGUGAGUGUAUAAGGGAUGGAAAAAGAGGACUAGGCUUGCGUGAUAAGCUAAAGAGACUGAAAGGCCAGUGUCCCACUGGCAGCAUCUUUACUUUUAAAUGCAUAGCCUGAGCCUCCACGUGAUGCUAACGGAGAAGCAAGGGACUUAAGCCAUUCCGUAUACAGCAUGUAUAUUUCUAGUGCAAUGGUAGGGGUGUGUGUGUGUGUGUGUGUGCGCGCGCGUGUGCUAUGUGACCAGAAGAGUUACAUAUGUAGAGAGAACAUGCAGAUUGUGAAGGACAUGUGAGAAAAAAUGAAUUACACUUGGUGGUAGAUUUUGAAUGCUUUUUGGCAACCAACUCUAAUAGUCCUCAAAGCUGUUUGAAUGUUAGUUAUUAAUGCUGUUUUCCCAUAAUAUAACCAAUAUUUAUAUAUACUUUAUGCAUUUUUAAUGAAAAGGAUACAUGUAACAAAAACUAUAUUUUAGAAUACAGAUAAACAUUAUGAGUGUCCUUUUAGGAAAUCACUAAGAUCUGGAUUUUUUCCUUAUUAUUUCUUUCCUUUAUGGCUUCCUCAUUCAUCAUGAAUUAAGCCCACUUUAAAAAGAAUUUACUAGGGUAGGAAGAACUGCAAGGCAAAUCUUUCCACCUUUGCCAGGCUCUCCUCCCCUCUAGAUAUCUUCUCCCCUCCUCCCCCAUCUCCCAUUAUCCAGGGUUUCCAUGACCAAUAUUAUUGCCAGUGUUAAGCUCGCCCAUAGCUUUGAUGACCAUUUGUCUUUUCCUGGGGGCAGAGACAUGGCAUAGUGGAAAGGGUGCAGACUUUGGACUGAAAAACCUGAACCUGAAUCUUUGUUCCUCCACUUACUGACUGUGCAGUCACUGGACAGUCCACUGGACCUCUCUUGGACAAAAAAAAGGCUGAUUAUAUAAAAUAUCUAACACAUAGUAGAAUGUCAAAACACGGUAUCUGCCGUUAUUAAUAAGCCACUCUGCAGGGGCACUUCAUUCUCCAGAAGAAGCCACUUAUCUGAGGGGUAGAUCUGAACACCUGGCUUCUUGCCCUCUUACCUUGGUCGCUCACAGUAAACUUUUCCUAUUUUCUCCAAAUACUCAUUACCAUGACCCCUCUCUAGACUUUGUCAUCAUUAAAAAACAACAGUAUCUCCUUUAGAAUUUGAUUUCAGAUAUCUUAUUUUCACAAGAUCAGCUUCUAUUCUUCCAACUCAAUUGGUCCAACAUUUUCUCUCCUAAAAAUAUGUGCUUUUAUCCUCUUGUGACAUCUAGUUAAUAAAUGCUAUCGUUUCCUUAUAUAUCCAUCAGCUCCUUCUUUAUCGUUACUCUUCUCUGCCCAGGUUAAACUCCGUGAUCUGUCAUGAUAAUCAGCACCUUGGAAAGACUCUGAACUCCAAAAUACUCUGUUACUGUCACUGUUUUCCUCUUGCAAAAAUCCCAUUUUCUUUAUACUUAGAUGCUAGCAUCCUAGCAGCUGAAUGCUGCUGGAGAAAAAUGACCCAAACUGAUUGACUAGUUUCAUUUUUAUUUUUACCUACCAUCUACUGAAGUCAGCCAGUCAAUUAUUUGUUGAUCCCUGAUUUAUUUCUGUCUUUCGAUUGACUUGAGUAGGUAAUACAUGCACAUAGUACAACUUUUAAAAGGUAUACAAAGAUAUAGGAUGAAAAUAAAUCCUCUCCUCACUCCAUCCUCAGGCUCUGUUGCUGCCCACAAGGAGGAUCACUGUCUCCUGUAGCUUUUCAGAGAUGAUCUAUACGUAAAUAUGACAUCACUUUAUGGCAGGGUUUCCCAACCUCGGCUCUAUUGACAUUCUGAGCUGGAUAAUUCUUUGUUGUGAGGGCUGUCCUGCCUGUGCACUGUGGUAUGGUUGGCAGCAUUCCUGCCCUCAACCCACUAACGCCAGUAGCGUUCCCCUGCCCCAUGUAUGAUCAUCAAAACUCUCUCCAAAUAUUGCCAAACAAACAUCCCUGGGCUGGUGGUGGGGAGACAAAAAUCACUGCUGGUUGAGAACCACUGAUUUACAUUAGUGAUCAGAGAUCUCAGAUGGGCGUUCAACAAAGCCUAGCACUUUUCCUUCAGUUCCUUGUUAAGCAUGUUUUUUUCACUGUUUGAGAAUUACAUCACAUCUUUUCCUCUCGCAAACCAACCACAUCCCCUCCUCCCACCAUGGAACCUCACCUCUACCACCAAAACCCAAACCCACCUGCACCUGGAUGAUCCUUUUCUUCCAUCUGACACAGUGGAGGAAGAGGACCAUCUCUGUGUUUCUGCUCUAGAAUCGUUUCCUCUUCCCUACUUUACCUGUUUCAAAUUUUUCUUCUUUCUUCCGAAUCUUCAGACUAUCUCUGUCUAUGAAAUACUUUCCACCAGCAUGUACGUAUGUUCACUAAAAGGCAAACCAAAUCAAACUAAACCAAAAAAACCUCAAACCUUUCUUCACCUUUCCUCUUCCUCCAGUAAUGGCUGCAUUUCUCAUCUUCCCGGCAGAGACAUAAGUCUGUAAAAGUUUUCCCCACACAUGUGGGCUCCAUUUUUUUUUUAAGCCAGGAACCUGGCUAUAUCAUUUAUCUGACCACUUAAAAAUACCUGUUUUUUUUUUUUUCUGCUAGCAUAAAAGUUCCAAAAGCAAGACCUUUACUGCCUUGUUUACCACUGUAUCCACAUCACCUAACCCAGUGCCUGGGACAUAUUAGGUGCUCAAUAAACAGUUGUUUGACUAAGUAACUUUAAUUAUAAAGAGAAAGUCUUUCAGUGAGUAUGUUAUUCAGAGUAGUGACUCUAUAGUCUGUUGCCUCGUGGAUGUGUAUGAGUGUUUAUCCAGCUUUGACUAGAUUAUCUAAUGGGAGUUGGAGGCUGCAGAUGAGAAGAAAAAAAAAAAAAGUCAUCCUACUUCGUACUAUUAGAAAACAAGGAAGAUCUAUUUGGCCCUGGACAUUACCAGGA